AUGGUCUUCAACAAAGUCCUCACAGUUCUUGCCGCCGGAAUUCCAGUAAUUCAAGCUGCAGUCCCGUCCAUACCGGGAUUCAGCCUAACUUGGUCUGAUGACUUUGUUGGUUCUGCCAACAACUUGCCCAAUACCGCCAACUGGAUCAUCGACACAGGUACCAGCUACCCCGGCGGACCAGCCAACUGGGGCACCAACGAGAUUCAAACCUACACCAGCAGCGUGAACAAUCUCAAACUCAACGGAAACGGCGUCCUGCAGAUUACCGCCCUCAAAGACUCGGCCGGGAGAUGGACUUCAUCCCGCAUUGAGAGCCAGCGCGGCGACUUCAUGGCUCGUGCUGGAGGCAAGAUGCGUAUCCAGGCUAGUCUUAACCUGCCUGUUGUCGGAAGCAAUGGUAUCGGUUAUUGGCCUGCAUUUUGGACUCUAGGAACCGCCUACAGAGGGAACUACUGGAACUGGCCGGCAAUCGGCGAGUUCGACAUCAUGGAGAACGUGAACGGUAUUGAUCGCGUUUGGGGCGUAAUGCACUGCGGUGUUAACCCUGGCGGCCCCUGCAAGGAGACCGAUGGCCUCGUCGGCAGCCGACAGUGCCCCAACAGCCCUUGCCAGGGUAACUUCCACACCUACACUCUAGAGGUCGACCGUACCCAGGAGCUCGAGGCUGUCCGUUGGUUUGUUGACGGCAUUCUCUUCUGGCAAGUUGUCGAGACGGACCUCCCUGCCGAUGUCUGGAAUCAGGCCGUUCACUCGCCUCAUUUCAUCUUACUCAACUUGGCUAUCGGCGGUGCGUUUCCCAAUAACAACUUUGGUAGUGCGACGCCGCUUGCAAACACCAUCUCAGGUGGCACGCUACAGGCUGAGUAUAUUGCCGUGUAUAAUGCCUAA